AGAAGAAAAUGGAUGGAUGGAUGGACUUCCCUCUUUGUUUUUACAAACAGCAGAUUUCACUGGAACUGAUUGUUGAUGACCUCAGCAGUAGGCGUCACGAUCUGUGACAGAUUGUUGCUUAAAUGCACUGACAUAUGACUGAUUUAGACUGAACAGUGAGGAUGGAGGAGACAAAUGGUGGUUUUCAGACACUUGUCUAUGAAGACGAUUUGCACAAGGAAGAGUAUCCUCCUUACCAUCAGCCUAACAGGAUACAAGUGUCCAUGUUCACUAUGAGUCCUGGGAGACGCCACAGACUGGCUGCAGUGUGCCUGGCGCUUCUUGCUGCUGUUCUUCUGAUACUGAAUAUUGGCCUGGGGAUCCACUAUAACAAACUCACAGAUUCUCACCUCACCCUCGAUGAUACUGAACGCAUCAGCAAAGAGCUGGUCGACCUCCAGGACACUUACAAGACUGCAGUGGAAACCAUGAAGGAUGCCAGCAAGCAGGUGGACAGCGAGAUGAGCCGUCAGAUGCAAACCAACUGGGAGCUUGAACACCAGACAAAACGAAGCAAUGACUAUAAAAGUCAGAUGGAAAAAGUCACAAAGGAAAUCGAAACCAUGAGAUCAUACUUAUCAAUGCUUAGCGAUGGCUGCAAACACUGUCCUGCAGGAUGGAUUUUAAUGAACUCUGUAUGUUACUACUUCCCCUUGAAAUCAAAUGAAGUCAAAACAUGGAAGGAAUCCAGAGAUUUCUGUCAGCUGCAGGGAGGAGAUCUUAUAAUCAUAGACAGCCGAGACGAAGAGAACACAACAGUCAAUUACUUGAAAAAUUAUGAAGCUCAUACUGUGAUGCGCUUCUGGAUUGGACUGACAGACGUCCAUGAGGAAGGGACUUGGAAAUGGUGGGAUGGAACAUUACUUGCUGAAGGGUACUGGAACGAUGGAGAGCCGAAUGAUCACAACAAUGAGGACUGUGCAGCGUUGUAUCCCAAAGCAAACUUCUACAAGAGCUGGAACGACGUUAAAUGUGAUGCUCAAAUGAAAUGGAUUUGUGAAAAAGCACCAAAAUCACUGAGCUAAGAUUAAUGAAAUAAUGCAUCACAAUCCUACAUAAGCACAUGUUGCUAUCACACAAAUCUCUGUAAGCAUUUAAUAAACUAGAAAGUAAACCGCUGUUUUUUUCCUUGUGAGUACGCUGUAUUUAUCUACAGCAAUGCUACACUAAAAUGUUCAUUUAUAUUAUACACAGACUUACAGUGUUUUACAUUAUUAACACAAUGUUAUACCAUAUUGUCUGUUGAUGAACAUGUUAAUAAACACUUACAGCUGGUAACAAUUAAAUCUACAGCUUUAAUAUCAUGUUUCUGUUAGCAGCCUGUGUGCAAAGGAAAAGAUGAUAAAUACAGAUGCAAAGUCAUUGAUUAACGCAGCAA